AGGAGUCAAACCCCUCCUCUUCCUCCUGGUCGCCCUCCUUCAGACCCCAGAGCUGCAUUCAGAUGAAGUUAAAACCCUCAAAUCUCUUCAGCCUCUAAAUUCAGCGAUGAUGUCAAACUAUUCGCCGUUAGCUUAUUGGUCUUCUGCUGUGACGUCCAACAGAUCUGAAACAAGCUUCAGUACUAAGCCGGGCUCCUCAGGGGUCAGGGAGCCUGCGGUCGUUUCAGACACUUUCCUCCAAUCACCAUGCACAUCCCAAGAGGCCCCUCCCUCGCUCCUCCUCACCCCCUGCCUCUGGCUGAAUGAUUCCAGCUGUCAAUCACCGAACCCUGCUUACAUCCCACCUCCAUCUUCUUCAUCCUUGUAUAGUAAUCAUGCUCUGAUUCCAUCCCCCACCCACCUCCUCUCCUCAACACCUGGAUGUAACAGUUACCAUGGCAACCUGUACACACCCUCCUCCCCCUCUUCAGGUGACUGGAUGCUACCUGACAGUCUGUCUUGGGGGCAGGGAUGUGGACCAGAGCAGCGCGAGUGUGUGAGCUGUGGGAUGCAGAGCGCCCCCCUGUGGAGGCGAGACGCUGCAGGUCGACUCCUGUGUAACACCUGCGGCCUCAGACAGGAAGCCAACAACACACCGCUGCUGAGACCGAAGAGACGAGCUAGCAGGAUUCAGAGGAAAGGAACUCAGUGUGUCAACUGUCUGACUGAACGCACGACGCUGUGGAGGAGAAACUCUGCAGGAGAAGCCGUCUGCAACGCCUGCGGACUCUACUACAGACUACACCGGGUGAAUCGUCCGCUGGCCUUGAAGAAAGAUGGAAUCCAAACCAGAAAGCGGAAAGUGGUCACUAAGAAUAAGAGGAAAACUGACCAAUCAGACACCAAGCUGCCUAAGAGGGUCAAGCCCAGUGAUGUCACAGCAGCUGACAGCAGCGUUGUCGGGUUUUAGGUGACCUAAUGCCUAAAAAAAGAGAAAUUUGUGAGGGUAAAGCUUUUCAGACGUGUCUGCUGUUUUUGCUUCCUGUGUGCCGUCCUCUGUGAUCACCUGUGUUUUUAGAUUUUUGUUAGCUGUAAAUACAGCUAACAAAAAUCUAAAAACACAGGUGAUCACAGGUGUGGACUUGGUCUCCAGCCCAAUAAAUGACUCACUUUUUGUUAUUUAACACAUCUUAUUUUGCCUCCUACAUUUGGGUCCCCACGCCUCCACUCCCCCCUCCUUCUGACAGCAGCAUUUAUUGACAGCUACCAGGACGAACUCAUCACUCAUGUGAUCCAGUGCAUAAACAUUAACAGCCUGGGUUUAGUUUCAGCUGCCUCACACACAUAAAACUCAAAGUUUUAGAGAUGGCUUUAAAUCCAGGACCUGUUCCAGAAAACAGGUUUGAAAAAACUCAGUUUAACAUAAAGUCUGAUCAAUUAUUGAUUAAUUAUUAAUAUCUGAUUCAUUCUUAUGUGGGGAAACCCUGAGUUUUUGGGACUUUACAUUAAGCAGUCAAUAUGUGCUUGAAGUGCAGACUUUCAGCUAUAGUUCAGGGGAGAUGGAACAACAAUUUAGCAUGAACUGUUUAGGAAACAUAACAUUUUCCAAGGCUCAAAAAUGUUAUGACAAACACUCUCAUGACCAGGUGAGGCCUGUUCCCUCAACAUUUCUUGACGAAUGAAGCAGAUAUAAUGUCUGAAAAUCAACUUUUAAGCUUGCUUUUAUAAUGUGAUGUGUAAUAAAUAGAGCUUCC